AUGAAUAAUCAUACAGACGACAAGGUUGAGUAUAGAUGUGGAAACGCAGGAACAGUGCCUGAAGAAUCUGAUUCAAAAGACGAGGAGAAAAAACAGAAGGAUGGGAUUGAUUAUGACGUGGAAGGACCGAGUACAAGUGUUUCUGGUGGCCACAACGAGGUGAAUGGUUUUAAAACAGCAGAAGGGUCUUUCGUUACCCCACAUUCAAAGUCCGGUCAUUUAGUGCAACGCGUUUCUUAUGAGAAAACCAAGGAACAGGAUGCGGAGGGGAAUGUUGAUGAAUCAGGCCUUGCUUCUAAGGACGACAUAUUUCUUACGGCAAAAAUUGAUGAGUUCGGAUUUAUUCAUCCAGCUAAUUCGCUGGUUCGCGAAAAUCGAUUUGACCCUAAAAAGCUGCGGAAUCGGGAAAAGAAGUGGUUAGAAAUGUUAUCAAAUUGGUCGUAUUAUAUGACUGAAAAGUAUGAAAAGGUUCGGGAAAGGUGUCGUAAAGGCAUACCUCCUUCCCUUCGCGGUAGGGCAUGGAAAAACCUCUGUGGGGCUUCUUUUCAUAUGGACUUUGGUGUUAAUAAGGACGUUUUUGACGAAGUUUUAAGGCAACCAGGUGAUCCUCGUUUUUUGGAUGAAAUCAGAAAGGACUUGAGCAGGCAAUUCCCUCAACACGUUAUGUUUUCUCAUAGUGGACCGUAUGGUGAAGGAGGGAAAAGUGAUCUGUUUGAGCUCUUAAAAGCAUACACUAUUUUGCACCCUGAAGAGGGAUACUGCCAGGCUCAGGCUCCAAUUGCAGCUGUUCUUUUGAUGCAUAUGCCACUGCGAGAUGCUUUUUACUGCUUUGUUCAAGUGUGUCAUAAAUAUCUCCCAGGUUACUUUAGCGUCGGUUUGGAAAUGAUUCAAAUAGAUGGAGAGAUACUGUCUCAGAUUUUGAGCAGAAAGUCUAGAAGCUGUUACUUGCAUUUGAGGAAAUACCAUGUGGAGCCGGUUUUAUACAUGGUCGAAUGGUUCAUGUGCAUUUAUUGUCGGGCAUUACCCUGGCCGACAGUUUUGCGGGUAUGGGACAUGUUUUUUUGUGAAGGUGUCAAGGUUCUCUUCAAAGUUGCUGUUGUUCUUGUUAAUCAUGUUUUGGGGUCUCGAGAGCAGAGGAAAGAAUUUGGCGAUUUCCAUUCUAUAGUAACUAGACUAAAGAAUCUGCCUGAACAAAUCACUUCAGAAGACUUAUUUAUUGAUAAAGUAGUGAAUUUGGAUCUCGAUGAAGAAGAAAUGGAGAAAAUUCACUACAGAAUAAUGAAAACGCGUCAGAUGCGUUCAGCAACGUAA